CAGCAUAUAAGAAGGCACUAGUACAGCUACAACCCAGGCAAGCAAAAAAGCUUUAUUCAAGAGCACUUAUUCAUUGGAGUGCAUCCUGUGCCAGAAUAACUACACAGAACAUCCGAGGACAUAAACACAGCUUAGUAAUAAAGCACUCAUGGCUCGACGUGAAUGUCUUGCGUUGUUUUUUCUUGUGAUGACCUUCAGUGUCUGCAACUCCCUUUGGAUGGACCACAAAGUCAGACAUAUGCCUCCGCCUGUGGAGUCCUUCUUGGAAAAGUUAGGAGGCCCUUCAAAACAGAGGCUUGUAAGAGAUGAAAGAAAUGUGGACAAUUCUGCUAUGGAGAAGUCUGAAGACAAUUCAAAUGCAGAGAACUUUCAAGAUAACAAUCAGAACACGCCAAGCUACCAUAGAGAAAAACGGUAUGCUCCAUCAGUCAAUGGCCGCGGCUGUCACUUGGGCACUUGCCAGAUCCAGAAUUUAGCCAACAUGCUAUAUCGCCUUGGAAAGAACAACUACAAAGAUGGCUCCAACAAAGACACCAAGGAUCCAUUAGGAUAUGGUAGAAGGCGCCGCCGAUCCUUUUUUUACAGUAAAGACAGGACUGAUUCAACUAAAAUUUUACAGACCACAUAGAUCCUAGCUGACUUUCCAAGCUUACUCCACAAUUCAAAGAAGACUUAACCUGGAAAUUAAUCUUACAUAGAGCUGAAUUUGUGGACUUUAUGGUGUCCUGUGGUUCAAAACCAAGAGCAAGUCUUCAAGAUGGGUUUCUGGGUUGUCAGGUGACGAGCUAAAACAGAACCAGAGGGCCACAAUUGUGUAGUGAUGCACCUGCUUUUAAUAGAAGGAACUAAGAUUUGUGCACUGAUUUCCACCUUAGCAAAACUGUACCCUCUCCUUACACAAAGUGAAACUACUAUGCCAGGAGUAUGUUUUCCAACAGUAAUAAUGUAAUGUGCUUUAAAGCUACUGUGUAUCUCUGUGUGCCAAGAAUAAUAUUAUAAAGUUAUAUUUAGCGUGACGUCAAUGUUAUGCUUUGCAGUUCUUGUGGAUGGUAGUGUGCCUACCGGAUGCAGGUGGGAUGAUAAGGGAACAAUUGCACUUGCGUGUCCUAGUGUUUCUUAGGCUUGCUGAGAAGGGAGGAAGAUGUUUACGUAAAGCUUAGAUCCCCAUUCCAAACAAAAUACUUCCUUCUUUUCUACCUCUUGUAGUAAGGUCACAAGUGACGAGUAUUUUUUCCUUUGCACUAGAUAUUAGAAGAAAAAUACUUGCACAACAACAGAUGUUCAGUGUGUAUGUCUCCAGUGGCACAUAUUACCGUAUAUUGACAUUGAUAUUUUGCCAGACCGAUAUUUUAAAACCAGUCUUUAAAGCAUCUGAAAUCCCAGAAAUAUCAUUAAACCAUACAAGUGUCUGAAGGGUGAGCGUUACAGAAAACCUCCUCUCAAAAUUUAUAAUUUACAAGUUCUCUUAUGUUUCCAACAUGGGAAAAUACAACUCAGAAUAAGAUGGGCAUUUAUUUCCACAAUAGUCAAAUAGCCAAAGGUAGGCAAUAAGCACUGUAUGGAAGUUUUCUGUAUGCUUAGUUCACAGUAAAGAGGGAGUUUGUAAAAAAUAUUUCAGGUGUAAAUAUAUUAUAUACACACACUUCAGAUAUUUAAAGUUUUUACAAUUUAUUUGUAAGUAUUUUUAAUUUAAUAUUUUUAAGUUAUAUUUUUGUUGGGUAUUAAAGAUUUUUAUACACAUAUUGUGUGAUGACACAUGGGAAAUUUUCUGUACUUUGUGAACUGAUUAAAAGCAAGUUUAUUCAUA